CAGCAGUCUGAGAGACUGUUUAAAGCGACAGCAGUGGUGAGUGGGCAGGCCAAUCCAUUUCCUGUGUGAAUGAAUGACUGCGACUACGUAUUUCUGUUAAAGAGAGUGUCCAUCAGUGUCCUCUCACUCCUUCCCUCCCGCUCUACCACUACCCAGAGGAUACAUGGCACAGACUCAGGGAAUUCCACACUUCUCUGUGAGGAGGGAGGGGAGAGGCAGGAGCACAGGAGUGGGCAGAUGAGAGCUCUGGAGGAGGAUAUAGGUCAUCUGUGGACUGUAUACGAAUGGAAAGUAUAACUUAUAGUUUGUCUUGCGCUCCCACUCUGCUACCAAUAGUAGCACAGCACUUAUAUGACAGUCAACUGUUGCUCGAAUUUCUAUUGAGGCUAUUCAAGUAGAAAUAUAUAGAGAAAUGUUUUGUUUAAAAAGUUUUGCAGCCUUACAAUUGCAACACAUCUUCUCACACAGAGGGCUUCUGGCAGUGAAGAUACAGUCUACAGCCCCCCCCCUUCUUGGAUUUCUUCACAUUUUAUUGUGUUACAAAGUGGGAUUGAAAUUGAUUUAAAAAAUACAAUAAUUGUCAACGAUCUACACAAAAUAGUCUGUCAAAGUGGAUGAAAGACUAAUGAAAAAUAAAACACUCAUUUUCAUUUUUUAAAGAUGAAUGAAAAAUAAAACACUAAUAUACGUUGAUUAGAUAAGUAUUCACCCCCCUGAGUCAAUACAUGUAAGAAACAUAUUUCGCAGCGAUUACAGCUGUGAGUCUUCUUGGGUAAGUCUCAUAAGAGCUUUGCACACCUGUAUUGUGCAAUAUUUGCCCAUUAUUAUUUAUAAGAAAUGUAUUCUGUAUAUUUGUUUUCUUCUUUUCACUCUGUCAUUUAGGUUAUUAUUGUGGCGUCACUACAAUGUUGUUGAUCCACCCUCAGCUUUCUCCCAUCACAGCCAUUGAACUGUUUUAAAAUCACCAUGGUGACAGCCCUAAGCAGUUUCCUUCCUGUCCUGCAGCUCAGUUCAGAAGGAUGACGGCAUUUUUGAUGUGUCUGGUUGGUUUAAUGGAUAGCAUAAUUUCAUCCACAGCAUAAUUAUUAACUUGACCAUGCUUAAAGAUAUAUUCAAUGUCUGAUUUGUUAUUGUUACCCAUCUACCAAUCACUGCCCUUCUUUAUGAGGCUUGGAAAAGCUCCCUGGUCUUUGUUGAAUAUGUGCUUGAAAUUAAAUACCUGACUGAGGGACCUUAUAGAUGUUUUCUUUUACAUAUUUAGCAGACGCUCUUAUCCAGAGCGACUUACAGGAGCAAUUAGGGUUAAGUGCCUUGCUCAAGGGCACAUCGACAGAUUUUUCACCUAGUCGACUCGAGGAUUAGAACCAGCGACCUUUCGGUUACUGGCACAACGCUCUUAACCACUAAGCUACCUGCCACACAGAUUUUUGUAUGUAUGUGGGACAGACGAAGGGGUAGUCAUUAAACAAUCAUGUUAACCCAUCUUAUUUCACAAAGACUUAUGUGAUUUGUUAAGCCAAAUGCUACUUCUGAACUAAUUUAGGCUUGCCUAAACAAAUGGGGGUGAAUACUUAUGCAAUGACUAUAUUUUAGUUAUUUAAUGUGUAUUUAAAAAUAUAUAUAUAUAUUUCUUUUUUUUCUUCUUCACUUUUACAUUAUGGAGUAUUUUGUGUACAGUGGGGAAAAAAAGUAUUUAGUCAGCCACCAAUUGUGCAAGUUCUCCCACUUAAAAAGAUGAGAGAGGCCUGUAAUUUUCAUCAUAGGUACACGUCAACUAUGACAGACAAAAUGAGAAAAAAAAUCCAGAAAAUCACAUUGUAGGAUUUUUUAUGAAUUUAUUUGCAAAUGAUGGUGGAAAAUAAGUAUUUGGUCAAUAACAAAAGUUUCUCAAUACUUUGUUAUAUAGCCUUUGUUGGCAAUGACACAGGUCAAACGUUUUCUGUAAGUCUUCACAAGGUUUUCACACACUGUUGCUGGUAUUUUGGCCCAUUCCUCCAUGCAGAUCUCCUCUAGAGCAGUGAUGUUUUGGGGCUGUCGCUGGGCAACACGGACUUUCAACUCCCUCCAAAGAUUUUCUAUGGGGUUGAGAUCUGGAGACUGGCUAGGCCACUCCAGGACCUUGAAAUGCUUCUUACGAAGCCACUCCUUCGUUGCCCGGGCGGUGUGUUUGGGAUCAUUGUCAUGCUGAAAGACCCAGCCACGUUUCAUCUUCAAUGCCCUUGCUGAUGGAAGGAGGUUUUCACUCAAAAUCUCACGAUACAUGGCCCCAUUAAUUAUUUCCUUUACACGGAUCAGUCGUCCUGGUCCCUUUGCAGAAAAACAGCCCCAAAGCAUGAUGUUUCCACCCCCAUGCUUCACAGUAGGUAUGGUGUUCUUUGGAUGCAACUCAGCAUUCUUUGUUCUCCAAACACGACGAGUUGAGUUUUUACCAAAAAGUUCUAUUUUGGUUUCAUCUGACCAUAUGACAUUCUCCCAAUCCUCUUCUGGAUCAUCCAAAUGCACUCUAGCAAACUUCAGACGGGCCUGGACAUGUACUGGCUUAAGCAGGGGGACACGUCUGGCACUGCAGGAUUUGAGUCCCUGGCGGCGUAGUGUGUUACUGAUGGUAGGCUUUGUUACUUUGGUCCCAGCUCUCUGCAGGUCAUUCACUAGGUCCCCCCGUGUGGUUCUGGGAUUUUUGCUCACCGUUCUUGUGAUCAUUUUGACCCCACGGGGUGAGAUCUUGCGUGGAGCCCCAGAUCGAGGGAGAUUAUCAGUGGUCUUGUAUGUCUUCCAUUUCCUAAUAAUUGCUCCCACAGUUGAUUUCUUCAAACCAAGCUGCUUACCUAUUGCAGAUUCAGUCUUCCCAGCCUGGUGCAGGUCUACAAUUUUGUUUCUGGUGUCCUUUGACAGCUCUUUGGUCUUGGCCAUAGUGGAGUUUGGAGUGUGACUGUUUGAGGUUGUGGACAGGUGUCUUUUAUACUGAUAACAAGUUCAAACAGGUGCCAUUAAUACAGUUAACGAGUGGAGGACAGAGGAGCCUCUUAAAGAAGAAGUUACAGGUCUGUGAGAGCCAGAAAUCUUGCUUGUUUGUAGGUGACCAAAUACUUAUUUUCCACCAUAAUUUGCAAAUAAAUUCAUUAAAAAUCCUACAAUGUGAUUUUCUGGAUUUUCUUUUCUCAAUUUGUCUGUCAUAGUUGACGUGUACCUAUGAUGUAAAUUACAGGCCUCUCUCAUCUUUUUAAGUGGGAGAACUUGCACAAUUGGUGGCUGAUUAAUACUUUUUUUCCCCACUGUAGAUCAGACCAAAAAUUACACUUUCCCACUUUAUAACGCAUCAAAAUGUAAAACAAGUUCAAGAAUGUGUAGACUUUCUAUAGGCACUGUAUGUGAUGGGUCCCAUAGCACUUGGACAGAAGGAAACUUGCUCACUCUCAAAACUAUUCUAGUGUCUCAUUUGUCCUUUGGGAGUCAUCCAGCUGCACUGUGUAACAUAUCAGAUAUGGAAAUUGAAUGUAAACUUUAGUUCUAUGUUUCCAGUUAAGACAAAUUAAUUGUAAUGCCUCGUACAGCAAACAUUGGACUUAAUGCAAACACACAGUUGGCAUCAUCACUGUAGAGUAGUUGCAAUGUCAGCUAAAUUAACUCAUACAGUGGGUGGGUGAACAGAACAAAUAAAAUGAUAGAGAUUGCAAAAUCUCUCUCAUAUAGACCGACCCAGUACAACACACACAGGAACUUCUUCCUAUGCAGUCUGGCAUGGCCUUGCAGUGGAGGCUUUCCAAGUCAAACAAUCAGCUGAAACCUGUUCUUCACAAACAAAGCAGGAGGAACAUAGAGAGAGCUAAACCAGAAAGGAUAACACACUUUAGAUAACAAGAAUCCAUAGUCAUAUUAGCGGUCUAAUUUAUCUAAUUGCUCUAAAAGUCUACCGUAAACUACAGUCAUUGAAAAAAUAUCACAUGCACACCUACUUGUGUAUUUCCAGGUGCAUGGAGAAAAAUAUGUUUUAAAAAGAAGAAACCAGCAUAUUGGUGUUCUUGAAUACGUCACAAACAAUUUGAUUCAAAUUGGAGCAUCUAAGAUCGCCAGUGUGUUACAAGCAGCAGCAGAGUGCAGGGGAGACUUUGAGGAAGGUAGGAUGAGUUUAACACACUGGUGUGAUUGAAAGAGUGGGAAGGUAGGAUGAGUUUAACACACUGGUGUGAUUGUAGAAGAAAAAUAAAUAAAAAUAAAAAAUAAAUGUAUGCACUCACUAACUGUACGUCGCUCUGGAUAAGCGCGUCUGCUAAAUGACUAAAAUGUAAAAUGUAAUUGAAGGAGUGGAGCAUCCAGAUGUGGACGAGGGGGGUGAGAUACUGGAACAGGAGGGGGGGGGGGGGGGUUCUGGAACAGGAGAGGGGGGGAUACAGAACAAGAGGGGGGAUACUCGAACAAGAGGGGGGGGAGAUACUGGAACAGGCAGGGCGGGAGAUACUGGAACAGGAAGGGGGGGGGGGGGGGGUGUACUUAAUGGUUAGGGUGAGGGAGCCAUACCUACACACUAAUAUUUUGAUUUAGUCAAGAAGCGAGGAUGGUCUAUGAUUUUACUUAUAAUGUUAUAAUGUUUGUUCUAAGCCUAGGGGCUUGUGACUUUUUAAAGUUAAAAGCGGUUUCUUGAAGAACUUGCCUGUCUACUGUAAACUACAGCAUGACUCACUGAAAAGCUUUCUCACAAGCUGCAUAAACAGCUAAUAUGAACCACAAGUAUAUCAGACUUAUUACAUUAUUUGUUUGGCUACAUCCCAGUGCUCAUGCUAUGAGCCCUGUUGUCUGGUCCCAAGAUAAAUUACACAGGAACUUUGGCUAUUCCCUAACCUGCCACUUCCCUCUACUCCCUCACCUCCCACUGACUACAGCAUCUGCCUUUAAAACUGUGUCUGUGUGUGUCUGUUUGUGCGUGUGUCUUCAUUCAACUCAUGAUAUCCUAGUACAUGCUGUCUAACUCUACGUACAAGCCACAACCACUCCCCAAAACACACCCCUCUCAGGCUAGCUAGGGCUCUCCCUCAUGAAGAGUAGCACUUGAAAAUUGAGUAAAUAGGUAUCAGACAACUGAUCUGAGAGAUCCAUGGAUUGGUGAACAUUUCCCCUUGGUUGUUUUGUAGCCUGCAGCCGUGUAAAGAUUAAUGAUGUGUCAACCCUUUCAUCUCCUCGGAACCUGUCCAACCUGUUGUGGAGACUUUUAUAUCAUUAAGGACACCUGCUCUUUCCAUGACAUAGACUGACCAGGUGAAUCCAGGUGAAAGCUAUGAUCCCUUAUUGAUGCCACUUGUUAAAUCCACUUCAAUCAGUGUAGAUGAAGGGGAGGAGACAGGUUAAAGGAUUUUAAAGCCUUGAGACAAUUGAGACGUGGAUUGUGUAUGUGUGCCAUUCAGAGGGUGAAUGGGCAAGACAAAAUAUGUAAGUGCCUUUGAACGGGGCAUGGUAGUAGGUACCAGGCGCAUCGGUUUGUGUCAAGAACUGUAACGUUAAUGUGUUUUUCACGCUCAACAGUUUCCCGUGUGUAUCAAGAAUGGUCCACCACCCAAAGGACAUCCAGCCAACUUGACACAACUGUGGGAAGCAUUGGAGUCAACAAGGGCCAGCUUCCCUGUGGAAUGCUUUCGACACCUUGUAGAGUAGAGUAAUGUUUUGUACACUCAGUGUAUAUCAGAGCUGACAGUCACCUGCACCUCAACACGAUUAACUGUGCCCACAGUAGGUUGGGUUUCCAUGUUAAUGUUCAGUGGGAACCUGUUUUGGGAAUGUACAGUUCCCACUGAAUGAUGUCUCUCGUCCAAAAGUGAAAUUCUGUUGGAAUCAUUAUGUAAAUUACUCACUCAUACAGCCAACAUUGAAGCCAAAAUUGGAUGUAAACGAUGAGCAACUAAACUUCCAUAGUGAAACACAUUUUCCCUUUACAUGUCUCGUCCUGUGGUUUCAGUGUGUCACGGGAUCAGCAACAAGCUGACGCUGCUGGGGACUGUAGACGACCACUACAACAACCUGGUGAGGAUGUACAGCAACUGUACCGUGGUCCUGGAAAACCUAGAACUCACCUACAUCCAGGACUACCACGACCUGUCCUUCCUCAAGGUGAGGAGAUGGAGGGUUGAAUUAUAACACGUUGUUUGCAGUGGCUUCCUAUCCACCAUAUGUCCUAGCUCCUCUUUAUCAGCCAUUUCAAUACCUUUCUUACCAUGGCUUCUAGCUCCUGGUUGAGUGCACUGGCUGUAUAUAACUCUGGAUAAGAGUCAGCUAAAUUACUACAAUGUCAUUGUAAAUGUAAUGGUCAGAAUAAAGCUUUUCUCUCCUUUGUGCCUUUACUAACACCAACUGAACAAUGAUGGUAUUGCAAACCUGGCAUUACCUCCAUGGGCAACACGUAGUCCGGAGAUGGCUGCACUACCACUAGACCAAACUUUAACAUUCUGUUAGCAAUUCUAUUCAUUAUUUCUAUGGUGUUUUGCCCUCCAGUCCAUUCAGGAGGUUGGAGGCUAUGUUCUGAUCGCCGUCAACAAGGCAGCCAUCAUCCCCCUGGAGAACCUGCGUCUGAUCCGAGGACACUCCCUCUACGACAACAAGUACGCCCUGGCUGUCAUGUCCAACUACGAGAAGAACCACUCCUCUGUGACCCUCAACUACACCCGGGGCCUUAGGGAGCUGAUGCUAAGUGGACUGACAGGUUAGUGGGUGACUAGGGGUCCACUUCAGUGACUGUAUCCAGGAUUCUGUCCACAUCUGAGUGAUCAAAUACAUUAUAUCAUGUUAUUUAAAGUACUUUGAAGUAUUUGAGGUGUGUGUGAUUUAGCUUGGAGUUUGAACUUUGGGUCUAUGCCAUUGGUUCCAUUGCACAGGCCAGACAAAUAUAUCUUCAGUGCCUUCAGAAAGUAUUCACAGCCUGUGACUUUUUCCACAUUUUGUUGUGUGACAGCCUGAAUUUAAAAUUUAUUAAAUUGAGUGUUUUAGUCACUGGCAAAAAAAUGAAAAGCUGAAAUUUCUUGAGUCAAUAAGUAUUCAACCCCUUUGUUAUGGCAAACCUAAAUAAGUUCAGGAGUAAAAAUGUGCUUAACAAGUCACAUAAUAAGUUGCAUGGACUCACUCUGCGUGCAAUAAUAGUAUUUAACAUUAUUUUUGAAUGACUACCUCAUCUAUGUACCCCAUACAUACAGUGAGGGAAAAAAGUAUUUGAUCCCCUGCUGAUUUUGUAAGUUUGCCCACUGACAAAAAAAUGAUCAGUCUAUAAUUUUAAUGGUAGGUUUAUUUGAACAGUGAGAGACAGAAUAACAACAAACAAAUCCAGAAAAACGCAUGUCAAAAAUGUUAUAAAUUGAUUUGCAUUUUAAUGAGGGAAAUAAGUAUUUGACCCCUCUACAAAACAUGACAUAUUACUUGGUGGCAAAACUCUUGUUGGCAAUCACAGAGGUCAGACGUUUCUUGAAGUUGGCCACCAGGUUUGCACACAUCUCAGGAGGGAUUUUGUUCCACUCCUCUUUGCAGAUCUUCUCCAAGUCAUUAAGGUUUCGAGGCUGACGUUUGGCAACUCGAACCUUCAGCUCCCUCCACAGAUUUUCUAUGGGAUUAAGGUCUGGAGACUGGCUAGGCCACUCCAGGACCUUAAUGUGCUUCUUCUUGAACCACUCCUUUGUUGCCUUGGCCGUGUGUUUUGAGUCAUUGUCAUGCUGGAAUACCCAUCCACGACCCAUUUUCAAUGCCCUGGCUGAGGGAAGGAGGUUCUCACCCAAGAUUUGACGGUACAUGGCCCUGUCUAUCGUCCCUUUGAUGCGGUGAAGUUGUCCUGUUCCCAUAGCAGAAAAACAUCCCCAAAGCAUAAUGUUUCCACCUCCAUGUUUGACGGUGGGGAUGGUGUUCUUGGGGUCAUAGGCAGCAUUCCUCCUCCAAACACGGCGAGUUGAGUUGAUGCCAAAGAGCUCGAUUUUGGUCUCAUCUGACCACAACACUUUCACCCAGUUCUCCUCUGAAUCAUUCAGAUGUUCACUGGCAAACUUCAGACGGGCAUGUAUAUGUGCUUUCUUGAGCAGGGGGACCUUGCGGGCGCUGCAGGAUUUCAGUCCUUCACAGUGUAGUGUGUUACCAAUUGUUUUCUUGGUGACUAUGGUACCAGCUGCCUUGAGAUCAUUGACAAGAUCCUCCCGUGUAGUUCUGGACUGAUUCCUCACCGUUCUCAUGAUCAUUGCAACUCCACGAGGUGAGAUCUUGCAUGGAGCCCCAGGCCGAGGGAGAUUGACAGUGCUUUUGUGUUACUUCCAUUUGCGAAUAAUCGCACCAACUGUUGUCACCUUCUCACCAAGCUCCUUGGCGAUGGUCUUGUAGCCCAUUCCAGCCUUGUGUAGGUCUACAAUCUUGUCCCUGACAUCCUUGGAGAGCUCUUUGGUCUUGGCCAUCGUGGAGAGUUUGGAAUCUGAUUGAUUGCUUCUGUGGACAGGGGUCUUUUAUACAGGUAACAAGCUGAGAUUAGGAGCACUCCCUUUAAGAGUGUGCUCCUAAUCUCAGCUCGUUACCUGUAUAAAAGACACCUGGGAGCCACCUGGGAUCUUUCUGAUUGAGAGGGGGUCAAAUACUUAUUUCCCUCAUUAAAAUGCUAAUCAAUUCAUAAAAAUUUUGACAUGUGUUUUUCUGGAUUUUUUUGUUGUUAUUCUCUCUCUCACUGUUCAAAUAAACCUACCAUUAAAAUUAUAGACUGAUCAUUUCUUUGUCAGUGGGCAAAUGUACAAAAUCAGCAGGGGAUCAAAUACUUUUUUCCCUCACUGUACAAUUAUCGGUGACACUUUACUUGACAUUUUACUUGACACCCAGCGUAACACAUUACCCCACACAUACAAUUAUCUGUAAGGCCCCUCAGUCGAGCAGUGAAUUUCAACCACAGAUUCAACCACAAAGACCAGGGAUGUUGUUCAAUGCCUCGCAAAGAAGGGCACCUAUUGGUAGAUGGGUAAAUAAAUAAAAAGCAGACAUUGAAUAUCCCUUUGAGCAUGGUGAAGUUAUUAAUGACACUUUGGAUGGUGUAUCAAUACACCCAGUAACUACAAAGAUACAGGUGUCCUUCCUAACUAAGUUGACGGAGAGGAAGGAAACUGCUCAGUGAUUUCACCAUGAGGCCAAUGGUGACUUUAAAACAGUAACAGAGUUUAAUGUGAUAGGAGAAAACUGAUGAUGGAUCAACAACAUUGUAGUUACUUCACAAUACUAACCAAUUGACAGAGUGAAAAGAAGGAAGCCUGUACAGAAUAAAAAUAUUCCAAAACAUGCAUCCUGUUAGCAACAAGGCACUAAAGUAAUACUGCAAAAAAAAAUAAACAGUGUUAUGUUUGGGGCAAAUCCAAUACAACACAUUACUGAGUACCACUCUCCAUAUUUUCAAGAAUAGUGGUGGCUGAGUUUUUCAGGAUAAAAAAUAAACCAAAUGGAGCUAAGCACAGGCAAAAUCCUAGAGGAAAACUUUCCACCAGACACUGGGAGACGAAUUCACCUUUCAGCAGGACAAUAACCAAAAGCACAAGGCCAAAUCUACACUGGAGUUGCUUACCAAGAAGAAGUGAAUGUUCCUGAGUGGCCGAGUUACAGUUUUGACUUAAAUCUACUUCAAAAUCUAUGGCAAGACCUGAAAAUGGUUGUCUAGCAAUGAUCAACAACCAAUUUGACAGAGCUUGAAUACUUUUUUAAAGAAUCAUGGACAAAUGUUGCACAAUCCAGGUGAGGAAUUCUCAUAGUCUUACCCAGAAAGACUUCUACUAAGUAUUGACUAAGGGGUGUGAAUACUUACACUACCGGUCAAAAGUUUUAGAACACCUACUCAUUCAAGGGUUUUUCUUUAUUUUUACUAUUUUCUACAUUGCAGAAUAAUAGUGAAGACAUAAAAACUAUGAAAUAACACAUAUGUAAUCAUGUAGUAACCAAAAAAGUGUUAAACAAAUCAAAAUAUGUUAAAUUUGAGAUUCUUCAAAUAGCCACCUUUUGCCUUGAUGACAGCUUUGCACACUCUUGGCAGUCUCUCAACCAGCUUCAUGGGGUAAUCACCUGGAAUGCAUUUAAAUUAACAGGUGUGCCUUCUUAAAAGUUAAUUUGUGGAAUUUCUGUAGAAAAUAGUAAAAAUAAAGAAAAACCCUUGAAUGAGUAGGUGUUCUAAAACUUUUGACCGGUAGUGUAUGUAAAUUAGAUAUUUCUGUAUUUCAUUUUCAAUAAAUGGAAGAAAGAAAUUCUAAAAACAUGUUUUCACUUUGUCAUUAUGGGGUAUUGUGUGUAGAUCGUUGAGACAAAAAAAAUCCAUUUUAAAUUCAGGCUGUAAUACAACCAAAUGUGGAAUAAAUCAAGGGGUAUGAAUACUUUCUGAAGGCACUUCAUCUGUCCUUCUAUUUUGCACAGAGAUUCUCAAGGGAGGUGUGAAAAUUGCCCACAAUCCUUUGCUGUGUAAUGUGGAGACCAUCCAAUGGUGGGACAUAGUAAACAUGGCCAGCAACCCCAGUAUGGAGUUCAAACUGGAGAGCUAUGGCCGUUACUGUAAGUAUGCCAGCUUCAUUUAAAAACAAAAACACUAGUAAUGAAUCCUUUUCUCUAUGGUGUUCAGCGGAAUAAUUCUGGGGUUGUUUUUAAUUUGAAGCUACUGUAAUAUACAUGUACAGUAUGUUGCACAACUUUUAUGAUUAUUCCAUAUGAUACAGCUUUCGGGUUUGCAUGGAGAGGUUUUGUCAUGUAUUACACUUGCGCAAUAAGGCCCGAUGGGGUGUGGUAUAUUGGCCAAUAUACUACAGCUAAGGACUGGAUAAAGCCCUUACCCGUGGUAUAUUGGUCAUAUACCACAAACACCCGAGGUGCCUUAUUGCUAUUAUAAACUGGUUACCAACAUAAAUAGAACAGUAAUCAAGUGUUUUUGCAUCAUACCCAUGGUAUAUUGUCUGAUAUACACACGGCUGAAAUGCUAUUUCAUCAAAUCGGCAUCCAAACUACCUGGUUUAUAAUAGUAUUCUAUGAAUGAGAUCAUUCAGAAGUUAAGCAGUGUUUUUCUCACCUGACAGGUGACAAGUGUGACCCUGGAUGCUACAAUGGAUCAUGCUGGACACCAGGACCAGAAAACUGUCAAACCUGUAAGGAUCCACUCUUCUCUACCCGAUAAUUAGCAUGAGAGUAGUCACACAAAAACCUCACAUGUUAUUUGUCAAUAUGUUGAAAGUAUUUUGUGGGUAGCUCAUUUUCUUCCACAGACCCUCUCAGUUCUGUUGACUGGUCCUCUCUCUAUCUCUCCUCAGUUACCAAGCUGACGUGUGCAGAGCAGUGCUCUGGAAGGUGCAGGGGUCCUAAACCCAGUGACUGCUGUAACGGACACUGUGCUGCAGGCUGCACAGGCCCUAGGCCCACUGAGUGUCUGGUGAGGGACUCUUCUGACUUCAAUUAAUUCAUCAUUUGCAAAAGUUAUAAUCACGUAGGAAACACAUCUAAAAGACAACAAGGCAGACGACCCACUCCUGGGCUUCUCCACAUUAGAAAACAGAUAUGUUAAUAUUGUACACUUAUUGUGAUCGUAGUCUUUCGUUCUUGUGUUCAAAGGCCUGUAGAGACUUCCAGGAUGAUGGCACAUGUAAGGAUGCCUGCCCCCCUACCAUGAUCUACAAUCCCAACACCCACCAGCUGGCUUUCAACCCUAAUGCCAAGUAUACCUUCGGGGCCACUUGUGUGAAGACCUGCCCACGUAAGGCCAAUAGUGUCCAUCUACAUGAUCCAUUAUCAAAGGGUUAAUAAAGAUGCACUCAGGGGUCUGCUCAGAAAGGUGCAAGGUACUGAGCGCCCAGAUAGAAAUGUAAAGAACAGAUGCUUGUCUGUCAGGUAGAAUUGGAAAUUGUGCUCGAUUUGUUACUUUCCUUUCUGCAAUUUUCAGAACAUUUCACCUCACUUAAUACACCUCAUUUAUCUAGAAAACGCCCCCUCCAUUGUGGUGAAGGUGUCUUUGGGUGACCCCUGACCUGUCCUGUGAUUGGUUGUCUCUUGCAGAUAACUAUGUCGUGACGGACCACGGGGCGUGUGUCCGAACAUGCAGUGGCAACACACACGAGGUGGAGGAGAAUGGUGUCAGGAGGUGCAAGAAGUGUGACGGAAUCUGUCCAAAAGGUAAAGUGGCUACCUCAUGAAGCUGGUUGAGAGAAUGCCAAGAGUGUGCAAAGCUGUCAUCAAGGCAUAGGGUGGCUAUUUUGAAGAAUCUCAAAUAUAACAUAUAUUUUAAUUUGUUUAACAUGUUUUUGGUUACUACAUGAUUCCAUAUGUGUUAUUUCAACAAUGAGUGGUUUGGAAGGAAUCAGUGGCUAACUGCAAGCGUUGCAAAGCAAUCACUAGCCUGCUAUUCAGUGGAGAGGGUGUGUGGUCCAAGUCUGGGUUUAAGGGUCUCUUUUCCAAGCUUAAAAGGAUAAACAUUAAACAUUGGCCAUGCUGUCAAUCCAGCAUGAUUUCUGCCGCGCUCAAAACAACUGGAAACUCGGAACUGGGAAAUAUCAGACUUCAGUGAGUUCAAGACAACUGAGAACUCAGGAAAAAAACGAGCUCCGACUGGGAAAAUACGUUUUGAACGGUCAUCCAACUCGGGAUUGCAAGUCGGGAACUCGGGCCGCUUUCUAGAGCUCCGACCUGAAGAUCACUGAUGUCAUCAUGAUUCAACCUUGUUUUUUUCCCGAGUUCCCAGUUGUCACCAUAAAUCCAGCGAAUGCCAGACUUUGAUGACAAAGUUUGAUGACAAAAUUUGCCCACAAAGGACUUCCGCGCCACCUUCCUGUUCAAGUGAGCACAACAAGGUCCAAAGAUGUUGUUUAUGCUACUGCAUAAAUGAUGUAAUAUGCCAGGGAGAUAUGUAUACCGUAGCUAAGAAAGUAGUACAAUGUGUAUGUUGUGUAGUAAGCUGUUAGUAGCCCAUGUGCCUCACCCUAAUAAUUUGGUCAAUUUUAGAAAAAUGUAAUCAUUGAAUAUUGUAAGAGCUUUCAUUGUCUGCUUAUAUGCCCCCUUUAUUCAUCUGACUUGAUGUACAGGGAGAAUACUGUAAGAACAGCCCAUGUUCUGAAUUGUGUCGCUGUACAUUUCAAAAGUGCUGAACAAAUAGUUACAUUGACCAGGUCCGUCCCAGCUCGUUCAUUAAUGUCUUAAUUGAAACGGAUUGCAUCUUAUCGUCCCCUUAUGCCAUAGUUUGUACAUCUCAAUUGUCAGUAGAAACGACAUUUGUUUAAGCAAGCCAUAUCAGCUAUAUAUUUUUUAAAGGCAGUAAAUUAGGCUGAAUGAACUGUUUCGCUGCCAGACAAGGCUCCGCUGAUAGCCAGGUGUAGCAGUGGUAAGGUGUUGGGACUGCUGUUGGGACUCUGCUGCUGGGACAGCUUUAUGUAGGCCCUAACAGUUUGUGGGAACAGUUUGUCACCGUUAUAGUGCAAUUAAUGUAUUGUUUAGUAUUGUGUCGUGUACUGGCUUUGCUGGCAUGCAUAAAAAUCAAUUGGGGGGAGUUUGCCCCACCAUGAUUUACAUGCUAAAAUCGCCACUGUAAAGGGGUCUGAAUAUUGUAAAUGGAACUCUUUGUCCGUGGUAAGCUGGACAACAUACAUGUACUUUCUUUUCAACUUUGCUAACUGUUUCUAAACCUCAUAAUGCUGCAUUAGAACGUCAAUGAUUUGAAUGUUUUGUGGGUCUUCUCGUCUAGUGUGCAAUGGACUUGGAAUGGGGCCGCUUACUGCCGUCUUGUCAAUCAACGCCUCUAACAUUGAUUCUUUCAAAAACUGCACCAAAAUCAAUGGCGAUGUUUCAAUAAUUGGGACCUCUUUGAAUGGGUAAGAAAUAACAAUAGCAUUGUACAGUGUCCAUGGGCUCUCCUAAUAUGGACACUGUAGCAGUGAAGCAAAAUGUAAAUUGCCCUGUGUUCAUUCAAAUUAAUUUAAACAAACUGUAUAUGAGUGUUUGAACUACUUUGUCUAAGAUAUGUGUCUUUGUAAUUGCUUCUCUCAGUGAUAGGUACACAUCAACAGAAAAAAUGGACCCUGCCAAACUGGAAUAUUUCAGAACUGUGAAGGAAAUUUCAGGUAGAACAAAGUUGAACUUAUCUUCAAUUGCUAUAUAAUUCAUCUGAGGGUAACCAAAGCAAAGAUAAUGCUUGAUUAAAUGUAUUUUUGUUACUUCCCUAAAGGGUUUCUGCUGAUACAAGCUUGGCCAAAGCACCUCGAUUCUCUCAGUGCAUUUGAAAACCUUGAGAUUAUCAGAGGAAGGACCAAACAGUUGUAAGUGUAUCUCUGUCUAACACUAUGCUUUUGUAAUGACUAUGAAACAUGGUUUUUGGUGUAUAUUUUUCUCAGUGGAGUACUGUUCAUGAUAGAAAGCAAAUACUCAAUAACCUAGGAGGUCAACCCUGGGCUGGCUUGAGAAACUCUGUUGUACAAUAUUUUAGCAAUGUCACAGAAACGUUGUUCAAUGUUAUGUAUGGGCUAGCUACAGUAGCAGUAUGCUAACCUAGUAGUUUACAUUACCUUCCCUCUUCCCAUAGUGGUCAGGUGAGUUUUGCUGCCCUCAACGUGGCUCAUCUGAAGUAUCUAGGCCUCCGCUCCCUACGAGAGAUCAGCGAUGGCAACAUUGUGGUGAAGAAUAACCCCCAGCUCUGCUACACCAACGAAGGCCACUGGAAUAGCCUGUUCAGACUGGAAACACAGUCCUCAAGGGUGGGCAACAAUGCCAACAUCAGUACCUGUGGUAAGCAAGGACAAGGAUCAAGUAUGAACUCUGUUUAACGCCUUUGCAAACACUGCUUUAAAAAAAAAAGGUUAACAAUGACCAAAUGCUAACAUUCAUCCCAUUUAGUGCCUGUGCUAGCUAUAUUCACAUAGGCCACAGGUAAUUAUAGUUAGCUUAGCUACCUAACACUGCCAUUAUUGGAUAUAAGCAAUGUGGUAGUGGCUCCACCUCCACCCUCUGAUAGGUUAGAUAGAUUUUGAGCACUACUGCUUACACCUAUCAUAUCCUUUCAGAUUUAACCUAGCCUAGGGGGUUGGGUCUAGGACAGGACUGUUUAAUUCCGGUCCUGGACGGCCGAAAGCCAAACACUUCAGUUUUUUGUUUCUACCUGGUAGUUAAUUGCACUCUUUCUACCUGGUAGUUAAUUGCACCUGUUCUACCUGGUAGUUAAUUGCACUCGUUCUACCUGGUAGUUAAUUGCACUCGUUCUACCUGGUAGUUAAUUGCACCUGUUCUACCUGGUAGUUAAUUGCACUCGUUCUACCUGGUAGUUAAUUGCACUCUUUCUACCUGGUAGUUAAUUGCACCUGUUCUACCUGGUAGUUAAUUGCACCUGUUCUACCUGGUAGUUAAUUGCACUCGUUCUACCUGGUAGUUAAUUGCACUUGUUCUACCUGGUAGUUAAUUGCACUCGUUCUACCUGGUAGUUAAUUGCACUCUUUCUACCUGGUAGUUAAUUGCACCUGUUCUACCUGGUAGUUAAUUGCACUCGUUCUACCUGGUAGUUAAUUGCACUUUUUCUACCUGGUAGUUAAUUGCACUUUUUCUACCUGGUAGUUAAUUGCACCUGUUCUACCUGGUAGUUAAUUGCACCUGUUCUACCUGGUAGUUAAUUGCACUCGUUCUACCUGGUAGUUAAUUGCACUCUUUCUACCUGGUAGUUAAUUGCACUCUUUCUACCUGGUAGUUAAUUGCACUCACCCGCUGUCCCAGGUCUGGAGAGGAUGAAAACCAGAAGUGUUUCGUCCCUCCAGGAUCGACAUUGAACAGUGCUGGUCUGCGAGUUAUUUCUGGAUGCAGUCUAUAAUCUUCGUCUCUCUUCCCUACAGCCCAGCUGAACAGUACCUGUGAUGACAUGUGCACUAAGGAGGGCUGCUGGGGGCCCGGUCCCACCAUGUGUUUAACCUGCCUGUACUACACCCGUAGGGGGCGCUGUGUGGAGGCCUGUCACCUACUGGAGGGGUGAGUUAACCCAACGACACCUAGGGCACAAACUAUUGAUACUUCUCAUAUGUCCACUAUAUUUAUUCUAGAUGGAGGCUUGUGCUGUGUCAAUGUUUUAACCGUUUUUCCUCGCCUUUCUCUUGCCUUUUCAGGGCACCAAGAGAGUUUGUGUUGAACAACACGUGCCUAGAGUGUGACCAAGAAUGUAUGGUGAAGAACGGAACCGGAAGCUGCUUUGGACCUGUAUGCUCCUUUAACUUUACAUCCAUCUGAAUUGUCUCAUUUAAUUUAAUUAUUUUGACAUUCAGGUGUGAUAGCUAUUGAGUUGCGUAACAAAUUCAGAAAAUUAGAUGAGAAUUCUGUGUGAUUUGGCAAAUAUUGCAAAGUCAGCUGUAUUUUCACUCAAGACAACAAUUAGAUCAACAAUUCUAACCUCUGACCCUCCCCUCUGAAGGGCCCUGACAAGUGUGUGGCGUGCGCCCACGUCAAAGAUGGCCCCCACUGUGUCUAUCAGUGCCCACGUGGCGUUCUCGGGGACGGGGAUAGGCCCAUCUGGAAAUACGCUAACAAGAAGAGAGAAUGUCAGCUCUGCCAUGAGAACUGCACCGACGGGUAAGUUAUAGUCUACCCAGCGAUCUCUAACUCCUUGUUGUAAAGGCAAUGUCAGCCUUUAUUGAAUGAUUGUCUAUUGAUAAGCUAUGAUGAAUGUUUACCAUGGUCAGGACUGUGUGAAGUAGUCACUCUGAGCAUAGUAUUCCCUCCUUUCUGUCUGUAGAUGCUCUGGACCUGGACUGAGUGGCUGCAACGCCAGAGGGUGAGCGAGAUCUUUCAAAUAAAGCAACAUGAGACCAGUCUGAUCCCAGAUCUGUUUGUGCUGUUUGGCGUGACAAUGAUUAUAGUAAUAAUAAGACACACAAACACAUCUGGGAUCAGGCUAAGACGAAACCAUAUCAUAGUGAAAGUAGCAUAGAUCAAGUGCUAAGCGAAAAGUGAUAUAGGCUGAUAUAACCUUAUAUAAAUCCAGUAUAGGCAAUGGAUGAAAGAUCAAUCAAUCAACCAAUCAAAUGUAUUUUAUGAAGCCCUUUAUACAUCAGCAGUUGUCACAAAGUGUUUGAUAUCAGAUGUUUUUAGUGGUUUUAAGAAGCUACCAGGAAACUCACCCGUGUUGUUGCUGCUUUCCCAGUGGUCCCGUCCCGUCGGUGGUGGCGGCCAGUGUGGUGGGAGGACUCCUGGUGUUUGUGGUCCUGGCACUGGGUGUGUUCGUGCUGCUCCGCAGACGUCACAUUGUCAGGAAGAGGACGCUGCGUCGCCUGCUGCAGGAAAGAGAGGUAACAAACAGAGACCACACUGCCACAGGGAAGACACGAACAUGCAUCAGACAUGCACACAUAGACUCAGUCACAGACAUGACACGCUCAUGUAGAACAUUCAACAAGAGGCCAACAUGCACAUUAACGCCUUCACACUUGCUUUGUUGUUGAUCCCAUAGUUGGUUGAACCCCUGACCCCAAGUGGAGAAGCACCCAACCAAGCCCUGCUCCGCAUUCUGAAGGAGACCGAGUUUAAAAAGAUCAAAGUGUUGGGAUCAGGGGCCUUUGGAACUGUCUUUAAGGUAAGCAGAGUGAUCAACGCUUUUUUAAUGGAGAUGGUUCAGACAGUGAAUGAGACCUGAAGACUUGUGUUCGCUCCCAACAGGGUGAGCUCAAUUCAGAAUUGAAUUGAGAAUGCCUCAUAAUUUCCAAUUCAGUUCUUGAAUUUUAAUUGAAGUAGUAAACAGGAUACAGAAUUGCAAUUCGAAUUUGUAUCAAAGGAAAUAGAAUUGAAUUCAGUGAAUUUAAAUGAAAUUCAUAUGCCUCUUCUAUUCUAUAUUAGGUGUAGUCUAUACAAAUAUACAUAAAAUUGUACAUGAAACAUCAAAUGUCAUUAUAUACAUACAGUGCAUUCGGAAAGUAUUCAGACCCCUUCACAUUUUCCACAUUCUGUUACGUUACAGCCUUAUUCUAAAAUGGAUUAAAUAAAAAAAAAUCCUCAUCAAUCUACACAAAAUACCCCAUAAUGACAAAGUGAAAACAUGUUUUUAGAAAUUUUAGCAAAUGUAUUAAAAAGAAAAAAACAGAAAUACCUUAUUUACAUAAGUAUUCAGACCCUUCGCUAUGAUACUCGAAAUUGAGCUCAGGUGCAUCCUGUUUCCAUUAAUCAUCCUUGAGAUGUUUCUACAACUUGAUUGGAGUCCACCUGUGGUAAAUCCAAUUGAUUGGACAUGAUUUGGAAAGGCACACACCUGUCUAUAUACAGUGGCUUGCGAAAGUAUUCACCCCCCUUGGCAUUUUUCCUAUUUUGUUGCCUUACAACCUGGAAUUAAAAUGGAUUUUUGGGGGGUUUGUAUCAUUUGAUUUACACAACAUGCCUACCAUUUUGAAGACGCAAAAUAUGUUUUAUUGUGAAACAAACAAGAAAUAAGACCAAAAAAAACAGAAAACUUGAGCGUGCGUAACUAUUCACCCCACCCAAAGUUAAUACUUUGCAGCAAUUACAGCUGCAAGUCUCUUGGGGUAUGUCUCUAUAAGCUUGGCACAUCUAGCCACUGAGAUUUUUGCCCAUUCUUCAAGGCAAAACUGCUCCAGCUCCUUCAAGUUGGAUGGGUUCCGCUGGUGUACAGCAAUCUUUAAGUCAUACCACAGAUUCUCAAUUGGAUUGAGGUCUGGGCUUUGACUAGGCCAUUCCAAAACAUUUAAAUGUUUCCCCUUAAACCACUCAAGUGUUGCUUUAGCAGUAUGCUUAGGGUCAUUGUCCUGCUGGAAGGUGAACCAGUCUCAAAUCUCUGGAAGUCUGAAACAGGUUUCCCUGUAUUUAGCGGCAUCCAUCAUUCCUUAAAUUCUGACCAAUUUCCCAGUCCCUGCCGAUGAAAAACAUCCCCACAGCAUGAUGCUGCCACCACCAUGCUUCACUGUGGGGAUGGUGUUCUCAGGGUGAUGAGAGGUGUUGGGUUUGCGCCAGACAUAGCAUUUUCCUUGAUGGCCAAAAAGCUCAAUUAUAGUCUCAUCUGACCAGAGUACCUUCUUCCAUAUGUUUGGGGAGUCUCCCACAUGCCUUUUGGCGAACACCAAACGUGUUUGCUUAUUUUUUUGUUUAAGCAAUGGCUUUUUUUCUGACCACUCUUCCGUAAAGCCCAGCUCUGUGGAAUGUACGGCUUAAAGUGGUCCCAUGGACAGAUACUCCAAUCUCCGCUGUGGAGCUUUGCAGCUCCUUCAGGGUUAUCUUUGGUCUCUUUGUUGCCUCUCUGAUUAAUGCCCUCCUUGCCUGGGCCGUGAGUUUUGGUAGGCGGCCCUCUUGGCAGGUUUGUUGUGGUGCCAUAUUCUUUCUUUAUAAUAAUGGAUUUAAUGAUGCUCCGUGGGAUGUUCAAAGUUUCUGAUAUUUUUUUAUAACCCAACCCUGAUCUGUACUUCUCCACAACUUUGUCCCUGACCUGUUUGGAGAGCUCCUUGGUCUUCAUGGAGCCGCUUGCUUGGUGGUGCCUCUUGCUUAGUGGUGUUGCAGACUGGGGCCUUUCAAAACAGGUGUAUAUAUACUGAGAUCAUGUGACACCUAGACUGCACACAGGUGGACUUUAUUUAAGUAAUUAUGUGACUUCUGAAGGUAAUUGGUUGCACCAGAUCUUAUUUAGGGACUUCAUAGAAAAGGGGGUGAAUACAUACAGUGAGGGAAUUAAGUAUUUGAUCCCCUGCUGAUUUUGUAAAUUUGCCCACUGACAAAGACAUGAUCAGUCUAUAAUUGUAAUGGUAGGUUUAUUUGAACAGUGAUAGACAGAAUAACAACAACAAAAAAUCCAGAAAAACACAUGUCAAACAUGUUAUAAAUUGAUUUGCAUUUUAAUGAGGGAAAUAAGUAUUGGACUCCUCUGCAAAACAUGACUUAGUACUUGGUGGCAAAACCCUUGUUGGCAAUCACAGAGGUCAGACGUUUCUUGUAGUUGGCCACCAGGUUUGCACACAUCUCAGGAGGAAUUUUGUCCCACUCCUCUUUGCAGAUCUUCUCCAAGUCAUUAAGGUUUCGAGGCUGACGUUUGGCAACUCGAACCUUCAGCUCCCUCCACAGAUUUUCUAUGGGAUUAAGGUCUGGAGACUGGCUAGGCCACUCCAGGACCUUAAUGUGCUUCUUCUUGAGCCACUCCUUUGUUGCCUUGGCCGUGUGUUUUGGGUCAUUGUCAUGCUGGAAUACCCAUCCACGACCCAUUUUCAAUGCCCUGGCUCAGGGAAGGAGGUUCUCACCCAAGAUUUGACGGUACAUGUCCCCGUCCAUCGUCCCUUUGAUGCGGUGAAGUUGUCCUGUCCCCUUAGCAGAAAAACACCCCCAAAGCAUAAUGUUUCCACCUCCAUGUUUGACGGUGGGGAUGGUGUUCUUGGGGUCAUAGGCAUCAUUCCUCCUCCUCCAAACACGGUGAGAUGAGUUGAUGCCAAAGAGCUCGAUUUUGGUCUCAUCUGACCACAACACUUUCACCCAGUUCUCCUCUGAAUCAUUCAGAUGUUCACUGGCAAACUUCAGAUGGCCCUGUAGAUGUGCUUUCUUGAGCAAGGGGACAUUGCGGGCGCUGCAGGAUUUCAGUCCUUCACGGUGUAGUGUGUUACCAAUUGUUUUCUUGGUGACUAUGGUCCCAGCUGCCUUGAGAUCAUUGACAAGAUCCUCCCGUGUAGUUCUGGACUGAUUCCUCACCAUUCUCAUGAUCAUUGCAACUCCACGAGGUGAGAUCUUGCAUGGAGCCCCAGGCCGAGGGAGAUUUACAGUUAUUUUGUGUUACUUCCAUUUGCGAAUAAUCGUACCAACUGUUGUCACCUUCUCACCAAGCUGCUUGGCGAUGGUCUUGUAGCCCAUUCCAGCCUUGUGUAGGUCUACAAUCUUGUCCCUGACAUCCUUGGAGAGCUCUUUGGUGUUGGCAAUGGUGGAGAGUUUGGUAUCUGAUUCAUUGAUUGCUUCUGUGGACAGGUGUCUUUUAUACAGGUAACAAACUGAGAUUAGGAGCACUCCCUUUAAGAGUGUGCUCCUAAUCUCAGCUCGUUACCUGUAUAAAAGACACCUGGGAGCCAGAAAUCUUUCUGAUUGAGAGGGGGUAAAAUACUUAUUUCCCUCAUUAAAAUGCAAAUCAAUUUAUAACAUGUUUGACAUGUGUUUUUCUGGAUUUUUUGUUGUUGUUAUUCUGUCUCUCACUGUUCAAAUAAACCUACCAUUAAAAUUAUAGACUGAUCAUUUCUUUGUUAGUGGGCAAACGUACAAAAUCAGCAGGGGAUCAAAUACUUUUUUCCCACACUGUAUGCACGCACCACUUUUCGGUCAUUUAUUUUUUAGAAUUUUUUGAAACAGGUUAUUUGUUUCAUUUCACUUCACCAAUUUGGACUGUUUUGUGUAUGUCCAUAACAUGAAAUCCAAAUGAAAAUCAAUGUAAAUUGUUGUAAUGCAACAAAAUAGGAAAAAAGCCAAGGGGGAUGAAUACUUUUGACAGUGCAUGUCAGAGCAAAAACAAAGCCAUGACAUUGAAGGAAUUGGCUGUAGAGCUCUGAGACAGGGUUGUGUCGAGGCACAGAUCUGGGGAAGGGUACCAAAACAUUUCUGCAGCAUUGAAGGUCCCCAAGAACACAGUGCCCUCCAUCAUUCUUAAAUGGAAGAAGUUUGGAACCAUCAAGACUCUUCCUAGAGCUGGCCGCCCAGCCAAACUGAGCAAUCGGGGGAGAAGGGCCUUUCUCAGGGAGGUGACCAAGAACCCAAUGGUCACUCUGACAGUGCUCCAGAGUUACUCUGUGGAGAUGGGAGAACCUUCCAGAAGGACAACUAUCUAUGCAGCACUCCACCAAUCAGGCCUUUAUGGUAGAGUGGCCAGACGGAAGCCACUCCUCAGUAAAAGGCAUAUGACAGCCCGCUUGGUGUUUGCCAAAAGUAAUCAAAAGACUCUCAGACCAUGCAAAACAAGAUUAUCUGGUCUGAUGAAACCAACACUUAACUCUUUGGAAUGCCAAGCGUCACGUCUGGAGGAAACCUGGCACCAUCCCUACGGUGAAGCAUGGUGGUGGCAGCAUCAUGCUGUGGGGAUGUUUUUCAGCGGCUAGUCAGGACUAGUCAGGAUCGAGGGAAAGAUUAACGGAGCAAAGUACAGAGAAAUCCUUGAUGAAAACCUGCUCCAGAGCACUCAGGAUCUCAGACUGGGGAGAAGUUUCACCUUCCAACAGGACAAUGACCCCAAGCACACAGCCAAGACAACACAGGAGUGGCUUCGGGACAAGUCCCUGAAUGUCCUUGAGUGGCCCAGCCAGAGCCCGGACUUGAACCCGAUCUAACAUCUCUGGAGCGACCUGAAAAUAGCUGUGCAGCGACGCUGCCCAUCCAACCUGACAGAGCUUGCGAGGAUCUGCAGAGAAAAAUGGGAGAAACUCCCCAAAUACAGGUGUGCCAAGCUUGUAGCGUCAUACCCAAGAAGACUUGAGGCUGUAAUCGCUGCCAAAGGUGCUUCAACAAAGUACUGAGUAAAGGGUCUGAAUACUUAUGUAAAUGUGAUAUUAGCGUUUUUUAUUUUUAAUACAUUUGCAAUAAUUUCUUAAAACCUGUUUUUGCUUUGUCAUUAUGGGGUAUUGUGUGUAGAUUGAUGAGGGAAAAAACAAUUUAAUACAUUUUAGAAUAAGGCUGGAACGUAACAAAAUGUGGAAAAAGUCAAGGGGUUUGAAUACUUUUCAAAUUCACUGUACAUAUAAAAUAUUGUUGAAACAAUUGAUUUACAGGAAAAAGUAUUCAAUGAAUGAUCAAGGAAAACAGAACCUGGAUGCGAAUAUUCUACGUUAUUAUAUUUCAUUAAUCAAUUUGGUUCAAAAAAAUAUAACAUUUCAAAGAAUGCAUUAGUUUAAUCCUCAAAUUGAUCCUGAGGCCUUCAAAAAGAAGCCAAACAAAUGAAAUGGUUCAUGGAAAUAUAAUUGGCUAUUCUAUACACUAAGGUUAAAAGAUUAUAUGAACAUUGUUUCCAGAGAAAAGUGAUAUAUUCUUUGGUAUCUGUAAGUGUGACCUGUCAGAUUCAAUGACUGAGUAGAAUUUCUUUAAAUUGCACUGAAUUAAAUUCUACUUCCUGUCACUCAAAAUCUGUUGAAUGGGAGUCGAUUCCAGAAUUCUGAAAUGAGCCCAACCCUGCUCCCUAAGCUUUACCUCAGCUUUUGCUCAGCGGAUGAACAAAGUCUUGUGGCAGGACACCAGGGUCCAAAUCCAGUCGGUCACGCUUUAUACAAAUCACUAGUAAUCAAACGGAUCCUACAAGGUGCUCCUCGUCCAGGGAUAGAAUAGUAUGUGUUCAUUAGUUUGUUAAAGGUGACAAAAGUUAGAGCCUGGACGAUACCAGUAUCACGAUACUCGUUAGUAUCGUGGCAAGGAAACAAAACACGAAGCAGACUUAACUUCUUUAGGAAAACAGCCUUAAUGUUGGAAACAAACAUCAUUAUGUUGUCUGCCAGAGUCACAUUUAUUUUCCAAGCUAUAGCACACAAUAUUUUACAUACAGCAGGUUUUUAAAGGACCAAAGAGUUUGGUCUGCUUCGUGAUUACAUUUUUGCCAUGGGAAGAAUAUUGCGAUACUGGUAUCGUCCCAGACCUAAUAAACAUGUGUUUUUUCUCCCCAGGGCGUGUGGAUUCCUGAGGGAGAAAACGUGAAGAUCCCUGUUGCCAUUAAGGUGUUGAGAGAGGCCACGUCUCCCAAAGCCAACAAGGAGAUUCUAGACGUAGGUCUACUGUUUGUA